GGAGGCGUUAUGUCAGGGCAGCGCGUGCCUGCCGGUGUAUAAAUUGGUUUGUGCGCUCGCGGUGAAGACCCCCUUGUGUAUAUGUGAGCGCGUGCUGAGGGUCCGAGGUCGGCGGCAGUGUGGCUUUUGAUCAGUAAGGAAGGAGGAAGAGACAUGGCAGACCAGGCAUUUGUCACCUUGGCCACAAAUGAUAGAUAUGCUAAAGGAGCGAUGGUGCUGGGGAAAUCCCUGAGGAACCACAAGACCUCCAAGAAGCUGGUGGUGCUCAUUGGACCCCACGUGUCAGAACUGUCCAGGGCAGUGCUUCAGACGCUGUAUGAUGAGGUCAGGCUGGUGGAUGUGAUGGACAGUGGGGACACUGCACACCUGGCCAUGAUGCAGAGACCAGACCUGGGAGUGACCUUCACUAAGCUCCACUGCUGGACCCUCACACACUACACCAAAUGUGUGUUUAUGGAUGCAGACACUAUGGCAGUAGCAAACAUCGAUGAGCUGUUUGACCGAGAGGAGUUAUCAGCAGCUCCAGAUCCCGGAUGGCCCGACUGCUUCAACUCGGGCGUGUUCGUCUUCAGCCCCUCCAACGAGACCUACGGCAAACUCCUUCAGUACUGUACAGAGCACGGCAGCUUUGAUGGUGGCGAUCAGGGAGUACUCAACGGUUAUUUCAGUGACUGGGCCACAGCGGACAUCAGAAAGCACCUCCCGUUUAUCUACAACAUGAGCAGCAUAGCAAUCUACACGUACCUUCCUGCCUUUAAACAGUACGGAGCGAACGCUAAAGUGGUGCACUUCCUCGGAAAGACGAAGCCGUGGAGCUACGCCUACGAUCCUAAUCAGAGGAGAGUGCAGGGGAACGUGCAGGAGGCCUCAUCACACCCCGGCUAUCUCCUGGAGUGGUGGAGUCUCUACUGCAGCUGUGUGCUUCCUCUGAAGCAGCAAGAACACCCUGACCAGCCUUUUGAAAUGUUCAGUGUUCAGGAGGAGUUUCAGCCUCAGGCCCUGCCCGGCCCGCCUCCACUCUCCUCAGCUGAGCGUAAACAGCGCUGGGAACAGGGCCAAGCUGACUACAUGGGAAUGGACUCUUUUGACAACAUCGAGAAAAAGCUUGCUGCGUUCCUGAAAUAAGGAAGUGGGGGGAGGGAGCGACGAUGUAAAGGGGCUCCUUACAGUUUUAGAGUGAUGGUUUUUGAGACGUGAGUGUAGAUCCCAUGGCUACAGUGCCAUCCUGACUGGUUUUCCUUCAGCUAUGCAGAACGGUCACUGCAGCGUGCCAACCUCGCAACCAAUUUUCUUUCUUAAAACUUUUGUACACUGUGAAACCAAUAUCCGUUUCAACUCUGUGCUCUUCACCAAAAAAAAUACAGAAACCUUUUUCUUUAUAUUCCAGAUAGUCAUGUUUUAUAAAUCAAGCCGAAUUCCACUGUUUACACAGAGGAAGGUGACGCUUCAAUAACACAGAUUUCCCAGACUGCGUUGUUCCUGUUCUCGUAUACACCAAUGAGAAGUCUGUAGAUGCGGUCACAUGACUCGCUCUAGUCAUCGCUCAGUAUUGAUGUCUGUUCAAGCACUUUUCUAUUUAAAGCACUUAGACCUGAAGUUUUGUUUUUCUUUUAUUCAAAUUGUUGCUUUCGGUUUCGCCCAGUGUUUACGGUUGAUCACGGUAAAUCUGAGUUUUCGUGCACUUAAAUCUAUAGUUCUGCGCAUUGUGACGUCUGCGUUAGUCCACGUCCACAUAACCUGAGGUGAAAGCUCUUUACCUCAUCUGAUGCUGCUGUCUUCUCUCUCAUCGCAAGUGUCUUACAUUUUCAUCUGCACAAUAAACAUUGGUGAGAUUGUUA